GCGGUCACCAGGCGGGGGCGCGCUGGGCGCUCGUCCUUGCUUAGUCACAUUGAGUCGGGUGGCCGCGGAGUACAGAGCUGGGGCAAGCGGGACAAGGAUUGCACCUCACCUCAUCUCAUCUCAUCUCAUCACAUCGCCAGCUCCGCACCGCAGAGGGAAGGAGAAGCGGGGGUUGCAAGGGGGAAGGCGUGAGAAUGGGGCACUCCCGGGCACUGGCGCGGGUGGUGAACCUGUGCCUUUCGGUGAAACUUCUCAUCUUGCUGAGCGAAGCGAGCCCUGCUGAAGGCAGCCUCAACAUGUGGAUAGAUGCUCAACAAGCCAGAGUCCUCAUAGGUUUUGAAGAGGAUAUUCUUAUCGUCUCCGACGGUAAAAUGGCUCCGUUCACUCACGAUUUCAGGAAAGCACAGCAGAGAAUGCCAGCUAUUCCAGUCAAUAUCCAGGCCAUCAAUUUCACCUGGCAAGCUACGGGACAGGCUGUGUAUUUUUAUGAAUUUCAAUCUCUUCGGUCACUGGAUAAAGAUGUGAUGGGAGACCCAACUGUGAACAUUCCAAUGCGGGCAACCAUCUCACACAAGGCCACAGUUGUGCAGAUUGGAUUUCCUUGUCUUGGUGGCCAGGAUGGGGUAGCAGCUUUUGAAGUCACUGUGGUUAUUAUGGAUGCUGAAGGAAAUGUUGUACUUCGAACCCCUCACAAUGCAAUAUUCUUCAAAACUUGCCAAAGAGCCAAAUGCCCAGGGGGAUGUCGCAAUGGAGGCUACUGCACAGAGAGGCAGGUUUGUGAGUGCCCUGAUGGAUUCUAUGGACCGCAUUGUGAAAAAGCUCUGUGCGUCCCCAGAUGUCUGAAUGGAGGACUGUGUGUCAGUCCAGGAUUGUGCAUCUGUCCUCCUGGAUACUUUGGUAUUAAUUGUGAUAAAGCAAACUGUACCUCAACCUGUUACAAUGGUGGAACCUGUUUCCAUCCAAACAAAUGCAUCUGCCCUCCAGGAUUUGAAGGGGAUCUGUGUGAAAACAGUAAAUGUCGACAGCCCUGCAGAAACGGAGGGAAAUGCACUGGGAGAAACAAAUGCAAAUGCAUUAAAGGUUACCAAGGUGACCUGUGUUCUAAGCCUGUUUGUGAACCUCACUGUGGAGCACAUGGAUCCUGCAUUGAGCCCAACAAAUGUGAAUGUAGGGAAGGCUGGCACGGACGACAUUGUAAUAAGAGAUAUGGAGCCAGUCUAAUGAAGACCCUGAGGUCAGCGGGCUUCAAGCACAGACAGCAUCCGAUUUUACCCAAGGAGAAUGUUGAGAGUCACAUACCACCCGACUCUAAUUACAUUUGGUAAAGGGUAACAUCUGAAACCUUUUACUGUAUAUACAGUUUACAACUCCACUAACCCAGCUGUGUACCAAGUUCAAAAACAAAGUCUGUAAUGGAAAAACCACUUGUCUGCUUUGCCAUGUUAUCUUGGGAACAACUAUAGUGUUGGAGUAACCCUCUAACUACUUGAGAAUAUCCUUUUUAUCUUUUGCAUUAUAGCAGAGUUAUUAAGUAAUUUUAGCCCAGUUAUUUUAAUAUGUAUGCAUCAUGAAUUUAAAUUAAUAAACCUUUUUUACACAAUAGUUAUAUUUCAUGCAACAGUAAAUAUCAAAGAAGAAUUAUUUAUACACAGCAUCUAGUACUUGUUGGAGGAACGGCAUACCAGCCAACGAGGGAAGUCAGUUUAUUAUAUUUAAAUAUGUAUAUACACAUGAAAGCAAAAUACAUAUUGAAUGAUUUAAAUACUGUAGACAGAAAUUCCUAGAUUUACAUCAGCAUUGAACCCUCAGCUGCAGAUUAAAUUGCAGGUUAUUGUGGGGCAGUGUUAGUUGCUUCUUUGCUGUAAAUCUUCCAAUAAAAUGACCAGUUAUGCAGGGUUCAAUGCAAACAAAUGAAAUCCCAUGUCUAUGCUGUUCACUUUCUGAUAUAAUUCCUGCAAAUAAUUUUGCAAUUUGUUUGAAAUAAUAAUAGACUGAUAUGUGUACUGAAAUCUCUUAGUUUAAAGCCAUCACAUGAAAAUAUAACACAUAUUUUUGUCUGAAUAGUUAUAGAAAAACAGCCCCAAAAUAAUUCUAUUGAUGGAGUGUAUGCAUUGGCAUUAGUGCAUUUUUUCCUGAGUAUCGUUAUUAACAGUCCAUCUUAAAACAAAUUCUUUAAAUUUUAUUAUAUGCUUAAUGUUUUUCAUUUGCAAAUGCUAGAAGUUUAAUUUUCAUGGCAAUUUUUAAGAAUGCUAUAUACAACUGCAUAAAAAUAAAGGCUUUGUAAUUCA